UAAUAUAAAAUUAGGGCGAUUGUGAAAAUUUUUAAAGUGAAAUCUAAAGAAAGAGAAAUAAUUUUUGAAGAAUAAAACCUUUCAGGAAAAGUUUAGGUGUACCUAAACAAUUCCAGCAUUAUUUCCUUCCCGAGUCCUCUGUGUCGAAGAGGUAAAUCAUGGCUCCUCGUAAAGGAAAGACCCCUAAAGAAGAGGUCCAAGUUCAGUUGGGUCCUCAAGUCAGAGAGGGUGAGAAUGUGUUUGCUGUGUGCCACAUCUAUGCCAGUUACAACGAUACAUUUGUGCACGUAACUGAUCUGUCUGGCCGUGAAACCAUUAUUCGUGUAACUGGUGGUCAGAAAGUAAAGGCUGACAGAGAUGAGUCCUCCCCUUAUGCUGCUAUGUUGGCUGCCCAGGAUGUUGCUGAGAAGUGCAAGACACUUGGCAUCAAUGCCCUUCAUGUGAAGAUUCGUGCCACUGGUGGUAACAAGACUAAAACCCCAGGACCAGGUGGCCAGUCUGCUCUCCGUGCUUUAGCUCGUGCUGGCAUGAAGAUUGGCCGUAUUGAGGAUGUCACACCAGUACCCUCAGACAGCAACAGAAGAAAGGGUGGUCGCCGUGGUAGGCGAUUGUAACUUGAUCGCUGUAAUAAAUUUAGUGAUUUAA